AAUACACGUGACCGUUCGACUUGUGUUGGCGCCAAAUCUGUGCAAACGAGCGAUGUGGAGAUGGAUCUGAGAAUUGGCUCAACUCACUGUCUCAAUAUUUCAGUCCUUUCAAAAGCCUCAAAUUAUUUGUACUUUGUUACGAACUGGAAUGGUCAUGAAUUAUAUGGUGUCUUGGGUGAUGGAUUACCCCCGCUACAAAAUACUUAUUUGAGUAAAAAGUCAAACAGAAGCUCAUCAGUUUGUCCAGUCAACGGGUUUCCUGAAACUAAGCUGACAGGAAGAAAAAGUUUGGUUGGAGCUAUAGGCCGACCACCAAGCGCCUCAACCAGUGACGUGCAGUGUUAG